AUGGCUACUGUAGUCAUUAUCUUUUCAAACGAACUGUUUUGUGUCCCUGUGAACACGUUUGUUGCUGGAUGUCUUGUCAAAAGUGACUGUGCGCAUGCGUAUUUAUUUUCAUUUCUUGUAUUCAUCUCAUUUUUUCUUCCUGUCAUCAUUUCUUUCUCACUUCCUACGAUUCCUUCCUUAGAUCUUUCCUUCAUCUUUUCUUUCUUUUCUUCUCUUUCUUUUUAUUCUUCUCUCUCUUUUCUUCUUUUUCUCUCUCUCUCUUUUCUUCUUCUUUUUUUCUCUCUCUCUCUUUUUCUUCUUUUUUCUCUCUCUCUCUCUUCUUCUUUUUCUCUCUCUCUUUUUCUUCUUUUUUUUCUCUCUCUCUUUUUCUUCUUCUUUUUUUCUCUCUCUCUUCUUCUUUUUUCUCUCUCUUCUUCUUCUUUUUUCUCUCUCUCUUCUUCUUUUUCUCUCUCUCUCUCUUCUUCUUUUUCUCUCUCUCUCUCUUCUUUUUUUUCUCUCUCUCUCUCUUCUUCUUUUUCUCUCUCUCUCUCUUCUUCUUUUUUUCUCUCUAAUCUCUUUAUUCUUCAUCCUCUCUCUCUGUUUUUCCUCUUCUCUCUCUCUGUUUUUCCUCUUCUCUCUCUCUGUUUUUCCUCUUCUCUCUCUCUCUCUCCUUUUUCCUCUCAUCUUCUCUUUCUUCUUCCCUAUUGCUUCAUCAAUUAA